AUGGCCGACCACCAGCCAACACAAGCACUGUCAGUCGAGGGGAACAGCAGCAACAUCGACAGCUCCGAUAUCUCCGCUAGUCUCUCAACGGAUAGCACCCAAGAUGGUCAGACCGACGAUGGAUCUGAUCAAGACAGCGUAACAAGUGACCUGAGCACGCAGGACUAUACCGUCAGCCUCAAGGAUGAUCUACGCAAGGCUCUCGAUGACGUCAAAGUCGCCGGUUCAUUCGCUUCUUUCCGCAAGCUAUUACGUUCACCUCCUGCCGGUCUUUAUGUCGACGGAGUUGGCGACGUCGCCAUGCCUCUUGGCGAGACUCAAGCCCGCCAGUUGAUUGCAAAAGCCCGUCAGGCUCCCUAUGGCAGGGGAAGCGAGACCAUCGUUGACACAAGCGUCCGAAAUACCUGGGAAAUCGAUGCAGCCCAGUUCAGCUUCAACAACCAAAGGUGGCCAGGCUACGUCCGGCAACUGUGUUCCCAUGUUGCCGCCGACCUAGGCAUCAAGUCACCAAUUCGGGCAGAGAUAUACAAGAUGCUCAUCUAUGAGCGCGGUGCCAUGUUCAAAAGCCAUACCGAUACCGAGAAAAUCCCCGGCCAGUUCGGCACCCUCGUCGUCGCCCUCCCCUCUGCCCACAAAGGCGGAGACGUGGUGGUCAAACAUUGUGGCGAGCAAAAAACAUUCAAGACCUCGGAACAUGGGCAGUCCUUUAUCUGCUGGUACUCUGAUGUACACCACAAGGUGUGUCCUGUCGAGUCCGGGUAUAGAUGGGUGUUGACCUACAACCUCGCUCUUGAUCCCAAUGCCGUUCGCCCUUCAGCCGGUCUUGUACGCUCCGAGACCGAGGCUCUCUGCCAUACCCUACGUGAAUGGCUCCAGGAACCCGCAGAGUCGCGCCAGAAUGGUCUCUAUUAUGUCCUGGACCACGAUUAUACUGAAGCAAGCAUCAAGUUGAACAACCUGAAGACGCGUGACCUAGCAAUCGGCCAAGUCUUGAACAAUUUGUCCAAGGAACUCGACUUUGAAGUCUUUUUUGCUCUUCUGGAAAAGGAGGAGUUUGGAGAGGCCGAGGUCGACCACUCUAGAUUUUAUAAUGUGUAUCAAGAACUCAUAGAAGUCGAUUACAGAGUCAAAACAGUUCGGGAUAUGUUCGGUAACCCGGUUGUCGACGGUCUAGCACUUGAUCCUGAGGAGGAAAUCCUCCAAAACGACGGGGAAUUGUUUGCCGAUGAUGACCCUGAGCAGGAGUACGAGGGCGUCGUGGGCAACUCAGGUCCAAAAGUGACACACUGGUACCGUUCAACCGCUGCGAUGGAUCUCGCCAAACGCUCUACGACCACAGGCGAUGCUCGCUCGACCAUUUGGCCCAAAAAUCCACUGAUUGAUGGGAACGACCUCAUGAGUAUUCUCAAGGUUGCAAUUGAGCUGGGAGAUUAUGAUUCCUUCGAUGAUGCCUGCUUGGAUCAAAACGCCGUAAUCCCGACCUCUUUUUUCACAUGGACCAAGCAGUGGCUCAAGCGGUCAAACACGGAUUCGAGUUUCAAGGACAUUAGUGAAUUAGCAGCCCUUACGAACUUGAUCCCGAAGCCCGAAGACGCCGACUGCUCCGCCAGUCUACGUGAUGAAAUAUCAACAUGGGUACACGGCAAGCUCGAGGAAUGCCUCGGCGACUUGUUAAUGAAGGAGAAAGAGGUCUCGGCCGACGUCGUUCCUCGUGACGAUGGCUUUGCCAUUUACAGGACUAUAGCCAAGCAAUUUCUUGCCUCAGUAGACUUCUCCAAAGUCAAACCGAAAGGUGGAAUCAAGCCUGAGCAUGGAAACAAGCGGCAACGGACCAGCUAUGACGGUGGCAACAAACGUCCCCCGAAGAAACAACUCCUAAGGACAGUCGCAUCCAAUACACUAGUCAAGUUCUUCGAAACGCUCGUCAAGAUCAGCACCCCAGAUGACGACUUGGCCACACAAUUCAUAACCAACCUGAACGACGAUGUCCCUCGUCUACCCGUCGAUCACAUGCACAACCUCUGGCUUCCCUUUCUCUGGUGCCUCAUCCCCAUCCUCACCGCCAACGCGAUCCCUCUCACCACUCCCGUGUACCAAUCCCUCUACCGCAGCAUGCUCACUCGCUACAUCAAAGAGUACGUCAGAACACAGCCCGCGCCUUCAAACUCGCUUGUCCGCCCGCCCGUCAACUGCCCCCACGUACACUGCCCCGAUUGCAAUGCCCUUAACUUCUUUCUACAAAGCCCCACUGAGGAGGUCGAACGAUUCGAUGUCGGCAAAAAAGCCCGACGCCACCUGCACGAGAUGCUCGAUGAGCGCGGGAUUGACUGUACGCACGUGUCUGAGCGCGGCACGACCCCGAACACGCUGGUGGUGACCAAGACAUUUACGCAGGAGGAGCAGCCGAUGAAGGAGUGGAAAGAGAAAAAGGAAUAUGCGGCAAGUAGGUUACGCAUCUUCGAGACGUACUCGCAGGCCAUGCCGGAGUUGAGGGUCUUGCUGGGAGAGCAGUUUGAUAGGAUCAUGAACAUGGAGGAUGUCUAUCCAAACCCAGCGGGAGCCAGACGUACGGCACCGAGACCUUUGGCGUCUGCAUCAGGGAUUGUCAUGGGCAGAUCUAGAGUGGGUGCUUCUGGGUCGAGUCGCUCCACGACCGCUCCCCGGCCUGUGGCGGGAGUGAAGAGGUCUCGGAGCGUUAGCCUCGAGGACGGAGUGGAGACUGUUGACUUGACAGAAGAUUGA